UCGUGUUCGUGUCGACCCAUUUAACUUUUCGUGUCGAAAAUCUCAACCCUAACCCGGUUUUUUCAGGUCGUGUUCGUGUCGUGUUAUCGUGUCGUGUCAGCUUUUGCCAGCCCUAGUUGAAACUUAGCGUGUUUUUUUGUUCGUAAUUCAUUACGUUUGCAUCGCAAAUAUGGUGAAGAGGAUUAGAGAUGAUGAUUCUAGGUAUAAUUUCGUUUGUUUUUGCUGCAAAUUUUUUUUUUUUUUCAAAAUUUGAGUGUUUUUGUUGUUGUAAUUGUAAUGUAGCCCGAAGUCGAAGAAGGUGAAGAGUCUCGCAUCUUCAAGAAAAAUUUUGGCACUGUCUACUUCUGGGAAGAAGAUAGAGAAAGAUGGUGAUUAUGAUCCAAGAUGUGAUAAAUCCUUGUCUAAGAAGAAAGGCAAAUCUGAUUUAUCACCAAUCAAGUUUUCAUUUUCAAGAUCUAAUCCCGAUCAACAGAAAGACACAUUUGAUAGAUCGAAUAUGUGAAGAACAUGCACAAGUUGAAGAGGAAUGCGCUUGCAUUCUGUCAAGUGAAUUUGGAGAUUGCCCAGAAUAUUCGGGAGGAAGGCGAGAAGCUGUCUCAAGACAGUAUUUCUCUGGAUGAUAGUGAAGUAUUUAACCCAGAUUUUCUGAGUCAAAUUGACGACAUAUGCAAGCGUCAUUUGGAAGCGAAAGACAGUGCAAACAAAGUUGAUCCUACAAUUUCACUAUUGGUGAAGCGGCCUGUUGAAUUGGAGUUUGGAAGAAUUGAAAAUGUUCCUGAUUUGGAUUCUGGUGUUCAUGGAGUUGAUUUGAAAGAAGGAAAUGAUGAAAAAGAAGGAGAGGAGGAUGAGAAGAAGAUGAAUGCUGAUGAUGAUCAGCAUAAAGAUGAUGAUGAUGAUGAUGAUGAUGAUGAUGAUGAUGAUGAUGAUGGUGAUGAUAAGGAUCACCAGAAUUAUAAUGAGACAAAGGAUGAUGAUGCUGAUGAUAAUGGUGAUCCUGGUCUUCAAGGAGAUGAAGACAAAGGAGUAGAUAAGGAUGCUGGUCUUCAUGGAGAUGAAGACAAAGGAGGAGAUAAUGGUGAUCCUGGUCUUCAAGGAGAUGAAGACAAAGUAGGAGAUAAGGAUGCUGGUCUUCAUGGAGAUGGAGAGGAAGGUGGAAAUAAUGAGAAAGAACCGAAGGAAGAUGAUAAUAAGAAGACUGGCAAUGCUGAUGAUGAUUGUGGUCUUCAAGGAGAUAAAGAGGAAGGAGGAAAUAAGGAUUGGAUGCUGGGGUUCAUGCAGAAGGAGAGAAAGGAGGAAGUAAGUUUCUUUCAUGUUAUUCCUAAUUGAAAGAAUUCAAAGACCAACUGAAAAAUGUGAUGCUCUAAAGGAAAUAAUAUCUUAUAAAUAGCAACUGAAAUACUGUUUUAGUUUGUAACAAUAUGAAAACGAACUGAAAAAUAAAUAGGAAGUAAGCACUAUAAAGAUUACUUGAA